AUGUGCGAGCCGGGUGAACAUGUUCGCUCACGUCCAGUCCGACGUUGCGGGGUUAGCAGCGAUGUCAGGGGUCGCCCGUUUUGGAAAUUGAUUACUGGCUGCACCGACGGUAAAAUUAUGGUCAGAAGAUGUCUCUUGACGUUCAAACCGUUCAGGAUAUUCGUGGUGGGAAUAGGCUUCUUCAGCCUGUGCUUUCUAAUGACCUCUCUGGGGGGGCAGUUCUCAGCCAAGAGACUGGGGGACUCCCCCUUCACCAUCCGCACAGAAGUGCUGGGAGGCGUGGAGUCCCGUGGAGUGCUGAGGAAGAUCAGUGACAUGCUGGAGGUGAUUCUAAAGAGGAUGGACAGCCUGUCCAAACUGGACAACAGCACCGCCAGUGACACUCGGCGCCUGGAUGAGCUCAGCUCCGCGAUCAGCAGGUUUCAACCAGCUGGCCUGGUGGAGAGGAUCCAAGCUAUCGCUCAGAAUGUCUCCAACAUGGCCACCAGGGUGGAGCAGAUACUGCAAAACAGCAUGUUGCAAGGAAGAGCAGUGAGAGACGGGACGUCGAGCCAGUGUGAAGUACCACGAGACCUCCGCUUCCCCGAGUGCCCUGGGAAAGUAGAUUGGAUGCGUGCACGUUGGACAUCGGACCCCUGCUACGCCUUCUACGGCGUUGACGGUUCAGACUGCUCCUUCCUCGUCUACCUGAGCGAGGUGGAGUGGUUCUGCCCGCCGCUGGUCUGGAGGAACCAGAGCAGCCCCCCCACCCAGUAUGUAACGCAGCCAAAGGCCCCCAAAAGACAGGCUGCCUUCCGCACUGACCUCUCCGUGCUGCUGGACCAAGUCGGGGCAGGAAAGGAGUCCCUCAGCUUCAUGAAGCGAAGAAUCCGCCGCCUGGCGCAGCAGUGGGCGACGGCCGCCAACCGCCUGGAUGCCACGCUGGAGCAACGCUGGAGGGACCAGAAGAAGAUCCUGGUCCACGUCGGCUUCCUCACCGAGGAGUCUGGAGAUGUGUUCAGCCCCAAAGUGCUGAAGGGCGGUCCUCUGGGAGAGAUGGUCCAGUGGGCCGACAUCCUCACUGCGCUGCAUGUGUUGGGACAUAACCUCAAGAUCUCCAUGUCCGUCAAGGAGCUGCAGGGGUUCCUCGGGGUGCCCCCAGGCAGAGGCAGUUGCCCGCUGACCGGCCCGCUGCCCUUUGACCUCAUCUACACCGACUACCACGGCAUGCAGCAGAUGAAGCAGCACAUGGGGCUCUCGCUCAAGAAACACAAAUGUCAUAUCCGGGUGAUUGACACAUUUGGGACGGAGCCAGCUUACAAUCACGAGGAGUACGCCACGCUGCACGGCUACCGGACCAACUGGGGCUACUGGAACCUCAACGCCAGGCAGUACAUGACCAUGUUCCCUCACACACCAGACAACUCAUUCAUGGGCUUCGUUUCGGAGGAGCUGAAUGAGACGGAGAAGAGGAGCAUCCAGCAAAACAAAGUCAACAACAUGGCCGUGGUGUACGGGAAGGAGGCCAGCAUGUGGAAGGUACAGCAGGGUAAGGACGGUUUUCUACAGAUUCUCCACAAGUACAUGGAGGUCCACGGCACGGUGUACUACGAGACCCAGAGACCUCCGGAGGUCCCGGCCUUCGUGAAGAACCACGGCCUGCUGCCCCAGCACGAGCUGCAGCAACUGCUGCGCAAGGCCAAGCUCUUCAUUGGCUUCGGUUUCCCCUACGAAGGCCCUGCCCCUCUGGAAGCGAUAGCCAAUGGCUGCAUCUUCCUGCAGCCCAAGUUCCACCCGCCUCACAGCUCACUGAAUCAUGAGUUUUUCAGGGGAAAGCCCACUUCUAGAGAGGUGUCCUCCCAGCACCCGUAUGCAGAGCAGUACAUCGGCAAACCUCACGUCAUGACGGUGGACUACAACAACUCCCUGGAGUUCGACUCUGCCAUCAGGGAAAUCAUGAGGACCAAGGUCGAGCCAUAUCUGCCUUAUGAGUACACCUGUGAGGGGAUGCUGGAGAGAGUGCAUGCCUACAUACAGAAUCAGGACUUCUGUGCCCUGGAGCCUCCCUUCAUUCCGGCCAACCUCUCCAGGCAGGUGUCCGGUGGUGGCGGCAGGGUGCGAGGCCCUCUGUUCGUGCCCUUGCCCAACUCCACGGCCCUCGGCUGGGCGUCCGAUGUGACGGCGCCCCCCGCCUGGCCCCCGCUCAGCUCCCUCAGGCUGCUCGUAUCUCAAGAGGGCCAGUCCUGUGUGGAGGCGUGCCAUGCGGACGGGUUGGUCUGUGAGCCCGCCCACUUCCGCUUCAUCAACAACAAGGAGGCGCUGCGCGGGUUGGAGGUGCAGUGCGAGGUGGUCGACUCCGAGAUCAACCACAUCCUGCCGGCCUUCUCGGCGGUGCGGCGAGAGUGCGGCCUCCAGCGGGAACCCCUCCUCUUCAGCUGCGCAGGAUACUCCCCCAAAUACAGACGCCUCUGCCCGUGCAGGGACUUCCGACGUGGCCAGGUGGCGCUGUGCAGAGACUGUCUCUAGUGACGGGUUAGAUACCGAUUGGCGGGACGGUUUGAGGGGGGAGGGACACCGGAAGGCCACUGUAGGCCGGAACGAGUGUCGAGCUGUGACAAGUGAUGACGGGGCAGAGAGGCAGCCCCUCCCCCGAAAAACAGCAAAUGUAGGAUAAUGAGGAACAGGCAUGCAUGGAUUUACCUGCCAGAUUGUAAGCGGGGACUUUGGGUGACUUUGGGUUGUUAUAAUUGCCGUGUACGAUAACUUGCUGGAGUUUGUGUUUUUUAAAGCCGGUAAGACUUCGUAGAACAGGGCUUAGUGAUGACAGCCGGAGGACGAGGCCGGGUUACCAAUGGCAACAAUCCUUUUGACGACAGGAUAAGAGCGAUGAAAAGAUGUUUGCUGGUGAUAUGAUACACACCUCAUCUUCUGGAGAUGCGUUAGGUGUUUAAGUUGGAGAAUAUGUCGUUGAAGAGCUGUGUGACUGCAGAGUCUGACGGAGUCUUCAAAUAAGUUGGCUUGGAGAAGGCCACCUCGGGUCAAUAUCCAAUCUCCUCUCUGCACUUGGACAAAGGAUGAUGGACAACCAGGUUAUCUCCCCUCGCUUUUAUUCUCGUCCCCCAAUGAUGGACAGAGUAAUUUAUCAGACUGGACCAAAAGUCUGAGGCAGCGUUGGUCAAAUGCAAUCUUCUCUUAUCGGAAGACGGAAAAGAGGAAGAGGAGGACAGAGGACAAAAAUAAAGAAUGUGAGAUUAUUUUUAAAUAAAUAAGCCUUUCAGAGCGCUCAACUGGAUUUUUAAAUAGUCCUCUGGGCUUUAUUAUGGAGAAAAAUGAAAUGAAUUUUUU